AUGGAGGGAGCAAACGACGAGAUUGGGCUUGGCAUCUCGUACAAGGCGAGCGAGGCUGGCCGAUCCUUUGCACGCCCAAACGAGCCAGACACGGUGCUGUGGGGCGGCCAUGUCAUUGACCACGGCCUGGGCAUCGACGCCGUCCGAGACGUGCUCUUACGAGACGGGAAGGUCAUCACCGUCGCACCACACGACCCCUGCGGUGAAGCCCACUAUGUGGCAGAGGCAAGCGGUGCCAUCAAUGUGGUCGAUGCGCGCAACCUGUACGUCGUGCCUGGCUUGAUUGAUCUGCACACGCACGUGUAUGAAGCGGCGACCCCGCUCGGCAUCAACCCAGAUGUUUACUGUCUUCAGCGCGGCGUCACCACAGCGGUGGACGCGGGAAGUGCUGGUGCGGGCACACUCGCCGGCCUCAAGAAGUUCAUUGUCGACAAAUCGAAAACACGCAUCCUCGUUCUCCUCAACAUCGCCAUGGAGGGUCUGGCGUGGAGUGGGAUGGCCGGUGGUGCAAAAGGAGGCGAACUCGACAACCUCAACCAAGUUCGCGUGGACGAUGCUGUUGCCGCCAUCAAGGCAAAUCCAGACUUUGUUGUCGGAAUCAAGGUCCGCCUCACCUCCGACAUCGCCGACGACGGGCGAUCCGAGGAGGAGGCGUUCAACCGUGCACUGCAGGUGGCAUCGCUAACCAACCUGCCCCUGAUGACGCACCACGCCAUCUCCACUGUGCAGCUCUCCCACUGCCCCGGGAACCUGCGGCGUGGUGACAUCUACACCCACACCUACCACGGGUGGAAGUCAACCGUCAUAUCAAAGCCGACGGAGGACGGACCAGCAGAUGAGCUGCACCCGGCCGUGUUGGCUGCACGCGAACGUGGCGUCAUAUUCGACGUUGGCCACGGCGCAGGCGCUUUCUCGUGGACCGUCGCCGAGCGGGCAGCAGCACUCGACUUCUGGCCAGACGUCAUCUCCACAGACCUGCACAUGGUGUCGUGCCACGGGCCAGCGUACGAUCUGCCGACCGUCAUGUCCAAGUUCCUGCACCUCGGAAUGCCGUUCAAAGACAUUGUUCGUGCCGUCACCAUCGCCCCGGCGGAGGCCAUUGGGUGGUCUGACCGGAUUGGCAGUCUCCGCGCGGGCACGGCAGCCGAUGUGACGCUGCUUCGCAUUGAAGACGUCGACGUGCACCUUGAGGACUGCCACAAGCAGACGCGCCACGUGCGCAAGCGCAUCGUCCCCGUGCGUGUGUACAGGGCGGGGGAGGAGCACCCGAUACACCUGCCGCCCGUCUGGCCAAACCCACAGAGCGGCAACGCAUCCGACCUCGAGGAACUGUGGGUGAAGGACCCGAAUUGGCGGGAGAUUCUGUCCAGGCACGCGGGCUGCAUGCCGCCGCUGAAGCGAAGCAAGGGCGCCGGUGGGGGCAGUGAUGCUGCCCGCAAUCACGAUGACGAUGAUGGCGAUGAUGGCGAUGAUGGCGAUGAUGGUGAUGAUGGUGAUGAUGGUGAUGGGGCCAAGAGGAAGGCUGGGCGCCCCGCACACGUGGUGUGGUGAUUGCCGGACACGACGUCACCCGGGCUGAUGGUGUGAGUGAGAGUGUGUGGGUGUGUUGUGAAGUCGUUGUUCUGACAUCUUGCCAUGUUUCAUGCUGGUUGUGACACAACAGUGUCGUGAUGCAAAUGUGUGCUGUUGUCCGUGGCAUCGCUUCAAACGAUGUGCGCUCUACUUUGCUUGGUGUUGUGUUGUGUUUGUUACCUCGUGUUUGUUACCUGUGUGCCAGGCAGGCUCGUGUGCACGCUGCCACUCGUUUGCUCUGCGUCUUCGUCUUGCAUUGUGCCUGGCACCACGCAUCCUUCUUGACAUUUCGUGACUGUCGCUGUUCAAGUGUGCGUGUGCGACCCUCAAUCACACGCCCGCGCACGCAGCACCGUCUCCACGUGCAAUGAGCAGCAAAAUCCCGAG